UCUGGUCUGGGCGUCUGCUUCAGGAGUUGAAGGGUGACAAGCGUGCCGACCUGACGUGUAAAGUUUUGCGGUUCAAAUCAGCACUAAGAAAGUUUUCCGAAAGUGUCAUAGCUCUUAACAGUCAUGUCUGGAACCAUUUGCGUUAUUGUCGUGCUGGUGGCACUACUGGGAAAUGCAGCAAGCGCGGACCCGGACAAGACGAUUACCCACAAGGUGAACUUUGACAUCGCCAUCGGAGAUAAAGAUGCCGGCCGCGUUGUCAUCGCCUUAUACGGGAAAGUGGCGCCAAAGACUGUCCGCAAUUUCGUCGCUUUCGCCGGCGAGGGCUACGAGGGCUUGAAGUACGAGGGCACAGUCUUCCACAGGGUCAUUAAGGAGUUCAUGAUUCAAGGCGGCGACGUGCAGAAGCAGGAAGGCCGUGGCUCUAUCAGCAUCUAUGGCCGGUACUUCGACGACGAAACUUUCGCCCUGACGCACGACGGACCAGGCACGCUCAGCAUGGCCAAUGCCGGAAAGAACACGAACGGCGCGCAGUUCUUCAUCACGACCGUAGCCACCCCUUGGCUGGACGGCCACCACGUGGUCUUUGGCAAGGUGAUCGACGGCUUGGACGUGAUUCGCAAGGUGGAGAACACGAAGACCACGCGUAACGACGCGCCUGUCGAUCCGGUCGUCAUCAAGCGGUCCUCGGUCGAGACACUGGUCAGCAUCUGAGCUGUAGGGCCCGCGUGCCGUCCGUUGCAGCCCGAUUGGCAGCAGAUACCUGCUGUCCAUUUCAGCGCUAUAAGAACGUUCGAAAAGACUACAGUUUCUUCCCGUGUUCGCAAAACUUGUCACCGCGGCGUCCAGUUGGCUCGACGCUCAGCUCUGGGCUCGUACUUUUCUUUUUCUGCUGUUUUAGUCUCUGGAAGGGAAUUUGCCUUAGUGUGUUGGUAAACGAAGCAACGCAGCUGCGUAGUAACACGAUAGCCUUAUUGGCCUGAGCGCCCCGCCUGCCUUGUGUGCUAUAGCGAGUACUUUAUUCCUUCCGUCAGCAAGGUUAUCAGAUUUGCUUCACGCUCUUCUUUCGCUUUCCCAUCGGAAAUCUUGAAACCGCCACGUUUAUAUUGCAAGCGACAUUCCGUUCACCAGAGUGUGCUCGCAUGUGUCAUCUAACAAUAGCCGUCGCUGUCGAUGCGCUUGGUGUAUCCGCAGUGCGCGUGCACGACACUGUGUUCGGCAGCGACAAGUUCGUCCUCAACUAGCAUCAAAAAUGUAUCAUAGAGAUACCAUUUAUUUAUUUCUCAUAGAAAUAAAUUAUAUUAAAAUUGAGCCCAAAGAACUGAACGACGUACUACCACCUUUAACACGGUGGGGGUGAACGUUUUUGGGCGCCACCCUUUUCCCACGUGAGCGACGCAAUUAUGCUCGCCUGAUGCACACGGCAGCUAGUAGGCGUCGCGCGUUGUAACGAUGUAAAACAUGGCAGCUGUGUCCUCUGUUGGCACAGGGUAAAUUUGCAGGGUAUAGAGGUGUCGUUAUACCGGCCUACGCAGUCAGAACACUUAACGUGUGAGAACUUCUCGGAUUAAAAAUCUGAGCGACAUUUCGCGAUGGCGCGCACACUUUGUUUACUGGACCACUGUUUGUGCCACUUUAUAGACGUGCUUAGUGUAAACGCGUUCGACCAACGUUUUGUAUGAAACUUAACGAUUUCUGGUGGUGAGAUUUACGAGGGGGAUGUGCAAUUUCAA